AUGUCCUCCGACGACCUUCCUCUCAUGGAGGUUUUAUACUCGAACUCCUCUGUGCUCUUCAUCUCUCACCGGCCCCUCAACUACACCGGCGGUGAGAAGACCGUGUAUGAGCGUUGCAAAGACCUGCCCACUGUCAUCAUUUGGUACCUGGGCCUGCAGUUCAUCAACAUGUUUCUGGGCAUCCCGGCAAACCUCAUGGUGCUGUGGCUCAUCCAUAAGAACAAGGGUGACACCUCCACCUCGGAUAUCUUCAUCCUUCAUCUGGCGGUUUUGGAUGUACUCUUCUGUCUCAUCCCUCCCCUUGAGCUGGCCAACAUAGUCUUCCUCACCACCAGCAGCACCUGGUACGUCCUGCGCUUCUUCUACGGCAUGAAAGACUCCUCGCCUCUCUUCCUCUCCUGCAUCUGCCUGGACCGCUACAUGGCCGUGGUCCACCCCAUCACCUUCACCGAGCUCAAGGACCGCCGACACCGAGCGGUCCUGGCCUUUGUCGUCUGGCUGAUCACUCUGGCCUACGCUGCUGCUAAAUGCAUAGGCAACAUUGUCAACUUCGAGAAGGUCUUCACGGCGAUGAUCCUCGCGGCGUUCGCCUUCAUGGUGUUCUGCAACAUUGCGAUCCUGUGGGCGCUGAGGCAGUCAGGGCCCGGCAGAGAUGAGAUGCAUCCCGUGAAGAAGAGAGCCUUCAAGAUGGUCCUCAUCAUCCUGGCCAUCAUAGUGUUCAACUACUUCCCACCGGUCGCGCUGUUCCCCUUCCAGCACUACUUCUCUCCCGACGUGUUUAGUUGUUACAUUCACUACGUGGCGUUUGGCCUGAUGGACUUCAGCAGCAGCAUCCAGCCUAUGCUCUAUCUGUCCAAGGAGAAGCCGCCGUGCAGCCUGAACUGCUGCUCUGGCAGCAGCUGA